GUCAUCGCAGACGACUGAGCCGGCCGACGGACAGACGGACGGAUGGAGCUGCUGCAGCUGCAUUUUCCCGCACUGCACCGAGCACUGAGGGGGGCUGUGGCCUCCCUCAGCACCUUUGCGUCCUACCUCAUUGGAGAUGGAGUCCCCUCUGCGAAAGACGGUGAGGAGCAGCCUCUGGAGAGGAAUAUGGAUGAGCCUGGGGAGCUGAGGGAAAUAACAUCUGGAGGGGGCCAGGCAGCUGAGGAGAAGGAGGAAGAGGCGGAGGAUUCAGCCCCAGGGGAAGCGCAGGACCGAAGAGCCCUAGAGUUUGAGGAUGAAAGAGAGAGUGAACCAGAAGAGCUAACAGGCAUAGAGCAGGCCAGGAAAAACUGGGAGGAAGAGGUAGUGAGAUGUGAGGAUGUGAAAGAAACCAUAUUAGGGUGUGCCUGGGAGGGAGAAGGGGAGCCUAAGGAAAGGGAGCAGGAAGCAGAAGGAGAAAUCAGAGAAGGAAGAGUGAAAGAGGCAAGGAAAGUCAAGGAUGCAGGGGGAGCAGAGGUGGAGAGAAGCCAAGAGGCCAGGGAAGACCAGAAUGUAGAAAUGGUGUCUGGAGAGGCCACCAGAACGAGAACCUGGUUUGAACUAGAACUUGGAGCUGAGGCAGCAGCGGUCAAGGAAAGUCAAGAGGUAGAGGAACGAGAGUUGAAGUUAGAAGGAGAAGUGGAGGGUGAAAUAACAUCUCGGGUGGUCUGGGAUGUGGGGUCUGAAGGAGGAAUUUGGGAAAGGAAGGAGGAAGAGGUCGAGGGAAACAAGAAGGCAGAGGCCAGAAAAAGCUGGGAGAGGGAGGCAGUGGACAUUGAGGGAAACCAGGAGAUGGGGGUAGUGGAGGCUGAGACUGGCAAGGAGGUAGAAAUCGAGGUCAGGAACAGCUGUGAAGUAGAGGAGGUGAUGGAAGAGGAGGAGGAAGAGGCCUGUGACACCCUGGAGGGAGAAGUGUGGAAAACAGAAGUUACGAAAGCCCAAGGGCCCGGGGAACAGGAGGCUGAGAGAUCUUGGGAGACAGAAGAGACCAUGAAGAAAGUAGAAGAUGUCCUAAGAGGUCAAGGGAGAAAGGAAACAGAGGCAGAGAGAAGUGAAGAGUCAGGGGUAGAGGACCGGAGGGUCCAGGAUAGGCAGCCUGACUCUGGGAUCACUUUGGAAAAGGAAGAGAUAGAGGCAGCAGAGACUGCAAGUGGCCAGGAGAUAGAGAUUGUAAGAGCCUGGGAGACCGGGGAAGUAGCGAUUUGGGAAGAAAGAGGGCAAAAAGAAAUUGGAAAAGACUGGAAGACCCAAAAACAGAGGAUGCAGGAGAAGAGAGAAGUGGAGCCUGUUUGGGAUAAAGAAGGAAGCUCAGGAGGCUGGGAAAUCAAGGCAGAAGAGGUCAAGGUAAGCCAACCCACUAUGCAGUUUAAGAAAAGCUGGAGCCUAGAAGAGAAAACUGGAGGAGAGCAAGAGGAGGAAAAAGAGACCAGGGAAGCUCAAGAGGUUGAAGAGGAAAUAGUCAGAGAAGCUCAGGAACUACAGAUCAAGGGAUCAGAGGGAGAAGUUGGGGAAAUCUGUGCGAUGGAGGCAUGGGGAGGCCCCCACAUCACGAAGCCUGAGGCAGGAAAAGUUGGAGAGGGAGUAAGGGAAAUUGAGGAAGCCUGGAAAAUGAAGGAAUGGGAGCCUGGGAGAGAACUGAAGAUAAAAAGGGAGGAUAGUGAAAGAUGUGAAGAAGAGGCAGAGGUGGAGGAGGAGAAAAAGAUGGAGGUGGUAGAGGAAGUGAAGGAGGAGGAGAUGAAGGAGAAGGCAGAGGAGAGAGUAGAAGAGGAUGGAGCUCAGAAACAAGAGGCUGGGAGAGAUUGUAAAGUAGAACCUGAGGACACCCAGGGGUCAAAGAAACCAGAGAACAAGAUAUUGGAAGCUGAAAGCAUUUGGGAGACAGAGCGGGUCAGUUUCUUGGGAGCAGAGAUAGAGGAGGAAAAGGCCAGAAAAACUCAGGAGGAGGCAGUAAUGGAGGCAGAGGAAGGCCAAAGGAAAGAGACGGAGAGAAGCCAGAACCUGGAAGAAUCUGAGGAUCAAGGAAUCUGGGAGAGGAAGGAGAUGGAGGCUGAGGUAGACCAGAAGCCUGAGGGAACAGGCUGGAGAGGCCAGGGGAUGCAAGAGGCUGGAGAAGGUUUGGGAACAGAGAUUGAAGCCGGGGAAGAGGCAGAAGGAAGCCGGAAGGAAAAGGCCAACAGUGCGGAGGAUUCAAGGGCAGUGGAGGCUAAGGAACUCCUAGAUAUGAAGGAGCUGGAGGCUGGGAGAGGCCAAGACACCGAAAAGGAGUCCAGAAGAGGCCAGAACACGGAGCUGGAAGCUGGGGAAAUCCAGGAGAUAAGAGGAGUUGAAGAAGGUCAAGGCCAGGAAGAGAAGAGAGGCAGGAAGGUAGGGGAGGAAAAUAGAGGUGAUGGGGAGGUAAAGGCCGCCAGGACGGAGGGAGGUCCAUUGACAGAAUUAGAGACUGGAGAAAGGCCAGUCACAGAGGAUUCAGUGGUUAGGUCGGUCGGGGUGGAAACGGGAACUGAGAGAGGCCAGGAGACGGACACAGCUGAGGCGAGGGGAUUGAAGAAGGCAGGGGAAGAAGAAGAGGCAGGAGAAAGCUGUGACAUGGAGAAAUCAGAGCCCAGGCACUCUAUAACGGAGAAGGUAGUAGGGACCGUGGAAGACCGGGCCGUGGAUGAUGGAGGCCAUGAGACAGAGGAGGUCCAAACGAGGAGGGGAUCGGAGGUUGAGGAGUCGGAGGCCGGAGAAGCCCCAGAAAAAUGGGAAACGGAGCCGAGGGUUGAGCAAGAACGAGGGGUGGACUCUGAGAGAAUCCUGGGCAUUGAGGAAAAGGAGCAGAAUCAAGGAAGUCAACACGCAACGGCAGAAGCGUGGAGAAGGGACGAGAUAAAAGAGGUCACGGUCUCGGAAGACCAAGCAACGGAGGAUGUCGGAGGCUGGAGGCCGGAGGCCGGAGCAGUCUGCGAGAGAGAGGAAGCAUCGGCCAGAGGAGACGGAGAGAUGGAGGAGAAGGAGUCUAUUGGAGCCUGUGACAUAGAGGAGGCAGCAGAUCAAGAAGGAUACACCGAAAACACGGAGGCGAUCGACGGCCAGGUGACUAAGGGAAAGACUGGAAGAGGCCUGAAAUCAGAGGACGAAGAGGCUGGCCCGAUGGAGGCAGCGUGCGGGGAUGGAGACGGUCCAGAAGGUCAGGACCCAGAGGCCCCGAGAACCCCCAUGGAUGCUGGGAAUCGGCUCCCCGGAGUCGACAACGCGGGCGAAGCACAGAGCAGUUGGUGUGAGGGCCUGAUUCCCGGCCCCCUCCUGGACCUCUCCGUCCCCCACAGCCGUGUCCUACUUUACCGGAGCAGCUCCAAGCGCCGAUCCCGCCCCUCCGUCCAUCAUCGGUCCUCGGCCACCGGGGAGACCAAGGAAUCCCUGGAUCUCCAACCCGAGGAGCCCCUUCCCCCAGAGCCAGCACCCCCGCAGCUUGAGGAGCCCUCAGAAAUCAGCUCUCCUCCGUCAGUGGGGACACCGAUUCCAGAGAGGCGACGUGCCCGGCCCCCAGGACACGGGUUUGGCCUCGCUCACCCCAGCAUGAUGCAGGAGCUCCAGAUGCGUCUUGCCCGGCCAAAGCCCCAGUGAUCUGCUGCCCCGGGACCCUUCUCGCCUUCAACCAUCCACGACCCCCAGGAACGACCUCCCUCAUCCUCGUGUGACCUCCGAUCCUGGACCGCCUUCUGAAAAUGACUUUGGCACCCCAGGGACGACCCAGGCCUCUCCGCUACAUUACCCCAGGAUGUUUGGGUUGGCCCAACACUGGGAGAUGUCAUCAAGGUGGAAGUGGGGUAUGAGGAGGAAAAUUGUUUCCUUUUAAUCCCCAGUUUGAGUCUUCCUGUCCCUCCCUUUACCCUGCUCCGCCGGCUCCAGGUGGUUUCUAGAGGACGAGCGCAAAAUAGAAGCAGGGACGCAAAUCUGGGAAAGGAGAGGAUUUUGCCGUCAUUUGGACCGUCCCUUUUUCCCCAGGGCUGAGAUGGCCCGAGAACCUUAUUCUCUCCAGGGUGGGGAGGCCAGGUUUUCGCAGGAACAGGGGACCUACAACCCCUGGGGGGUCGGGGAGGGAAAAAGGCAAUUCCCCCAUAUCCUUCCCCUUCCCGAGGCUGAGCCGGGACUCUGGAAGGC